AUGUUCUUGAUACUUUCAUUGUGCAGCUGUGCAUGUUGGAAUGGCAGCUCAAAUCAGAACCAAAACAAGGGAACGAAUGAGGCGUACAUUGCACAACAUAAUCUGUACGAUAACAGUAGUAUAGACGAGUUGUGUAACAGCUACCUUGGAGAAGCGGAUGUGGAUAAGCAAGAACUAAAUUCUGUGAAUAAGCAACGUGAUUUAACGAGACACACUUCCACAGAAAGUAUACUCACUUCGAUUGCUAAUGAUAGCCUAGGUAUGAUGCAAAUGUCUGAGUCACACGUUAAAAGUUACAUUCCACUCCAUUCUAGUGAUGCCGAAAGUUGCACUGGAUAUUCUGAUCGUACCAGCAGCCAUAAUCUUGAAGCUACCAGGUGUUUAAAGCGGAGAAGGGAGGAAACAGUACAACCAAUGUUGAUACAGCAGAAAAACUCAGUAGGACCAACUGCUGGUGGUUACACGGUAGUGUCACAAGCAAAAACAGCAACAAGCGUUUACGAGCCACAGAACAAGUAUCGAAGAGAAUCACUGCUACAAAGUCAGACAUUACAUCCCGAUCAAGUUCAACCACCACAUCUUGAGCCAAUCAAUUCACUAUAUCCAAGUCGCGCUUCAUAUUCACAGUUUGAGACAACCAGUCCAUCACAUCUUGAACCAAUCGAUCUGCCCACUACUGAACAUUCAGCUGAUCUAAAAAAAGAUACAAGAACAAACUACGAUAUGGAUCCAGAGAUACAAAGAAUAAUGCAGUUUAUGCAAGAAGAUAAAAACUUUAACAAAGGAUUCUCGUCAUUAUUGGACACAUACAUAUCUAAAUAUGCUAUAACUGAUGAACAUCAAUCAGCCAGCGUGUAUCAACGAUAUAAUGAACCGAAAGAGAUGACAUGCACUCAGUUGAAUAUGGGGAACACGCCUGUUCAGAACUUUAGCUGGAAUAUCUAUGAACAUGCACACCAAGUUCAAGGUAUUAUGAAUGCUCGGCUACAGAGCUUUGGCUGUUUAUGUGGAUGGUUCGACAAACUUGAAAUGAUUACUAGACAAAAAUGUUUUAAGUCUCUGUUUAUGAUGGGAUAUCAAGUAGAAGCAUUAUAUAAGAGUUGUUA